GUAAAACACCAAAGAAGAAGAAGAAGAAGAAUUAGAACGAAGAAGAAGAACCGAAGCGACAGCCGCAGUAAACAUGGCGGAUAACAGAGAGAAGGGUCUACAAGACUACAGAAAAAAAUUACUCGAGCACAAAGAAAUUGACGGACGUCUUAAAGAAUUGCGAGAACAGUUGAGAGAGCUAACAAAACAGUAUGAGAAGUCGGAAAACGAUCUGAAGGCUUUACAGAGUGUGGGGCAGAUUGUUGGUGAGGUGCUGAAACAACUGACGGAGGAGAAAUUUAUUGUCAAAGCUACUAAUGGCCCUCGCUAUGUUGUUGGAUGUCGUAGACAGCUGGAUAAAACCAAGCUUAAACCAGGGACCAGAGUGGCCCUGGACAUGACAACUCUUACUAUAAUGAGGUAUUUACCUCGUGAGGUGGAUCCUCUCGUGUACAACAUGUCCCAUGAAGAUCCUGGCAGUGUUUCUUACUCUGAGAUUGGUGGUUUGUCUGAGCAGAUCCGUGAGCUGAGAGAGGUAAUUGAGCUGCCUCUGACCAAUCCUGAGCUGUUCCAGCGGGUGGGCAUUAUCCCUCCCAAAGGCUGCCUGCUUUAUGGGCCUCCAGGCACUGGGAAGACUUUACUUGCCAGAGCUGUGGCCAGUCAACUAGACUGUAAUUUCCUUAAGGUUGUGUCGAGCUCCAUCGUUGAUAAGUAUAUUGGUGAGAGCGCCAGACUCAUCAGAGAGAUGUUCAAUUAUGCCAGAGACCACCAACCUUGCAUUAUCUUUAUGGAUGAAAUUGAUGCGAUUGGUGGCCGUCGGUUUUCAGAAGGAACUUCAGCAGAUAGAGAGAUCCAGAGGACACUGAUGGAGUUGCUAAAUCAGAUGGAUGGAUUUGACACUCUACAUAGAGUCAAGAUGAUCAUGGCCACCAACCGACCUGACACCUUAGAUCCUGCUCUCCUGCGUCCUGGCCGCCUGGACCGAAAGAUCCAUAUUGAGUUGCCCAAUGAACAGGCUCGACUAGACAUUCUGAAGAUCCACUCUGGGCCUAUCACCAAGCAUGGCGACAUAGAUUAUGAAGCCAUUGUUAAACUCUCAGAUGGUUUUAAUGGAGCUGAUUUGAGGAAUGUGUGUACAGAGGCUGGAAUGUUUGCCAUCCGUGCUGAUCAUGAGUAUGUGACUCAAGAGGAUUUCAUGAAGGCUGUGAGGAAGGUGGCAGAUUCAAAGAAGCUGGAGUCUAAGUUGGACUACAAACCUGUUUAGAACCACAAUUUUGUGCCGAGUAUAAGUGUGUGGGUGUUUGGUAAUUAAUGUACUGCCCAUGGAUACACAACACUUUUUUUUUAAGUUGCUGCAAUAGUUUUUUGUCAACAUUUGAGAAACAUUCUGAUGUUGUAUUUUUAUUUUUACCCUGAAAACAUUGACAUUGGUUGUUUAAUUGUCUAGCUCCAAUUUGAUUAAAAUUUUCACCUGUUGGCCAUGUAUGUAGACCUAUAAACUGAUAUGGCUCUGUAGAUUUCUGUGUGCCUGGCCUGCUUCUUUCUACAUUAUAAAAGACCAUGAUAACAAA